UUCCUAGCCGAGUGUUGUUGGUAGCCGCUUAGCGCGGUAGCGGGCUAGCUAGCUGGCUAGCUGCGAAUGACAGGGCGAAAUUUAGACAAAUUCUUUCAUUGGAGGAAGUGAUUGAUUUUUCCUAAGGUCUGAAUCAUAAGUUGAGGUGGAUAUGUGAUCACAGAGGCCGUGGUUAAUUAGCUAGCAAGCUAACCUUUUACUCGAAUCGCAACUGGGUUGUUUUUCUCUCUUAGCCGAGAGACUAAAGUAAUUAACACCAAGUAUCCAACGUUAGCAAAGAAAUUGAGCUCAGAUCGUGUUCCAGCCAAAAGAGGAUGAACUGGAUUUUCCCUUCAUCCAAGGGGUCUGGACCACUUCCACCUUUGAACAGUUUACAACAGCAACGGCAGAGACAAAUAGACUCACUCAAAGCUGCCCAUUCCAACAUAGCUGAGAUUCAGAAGGAUGUUGAGUACAGGAUUCCGUUCACAGUCAACAACACAACUGUCAGCGUUAACAUUUUGCUUCCACCUCAGUUUCCCCAGGAGAAACCUGCCGUCAGCAUAUACCCCCCUGUCGCUCAUCAUUUAGUGGACAAACACAAUGGCAGCGUGGUCACCAGCCCCCUCAUAACAAAUUUUGGAAUGCACUCCGAUUUGGGGAAGGUCAUACAGAGUCUGCUGGAUGAAUUUUGGAAGAACCCCCCUGUCCUGAUCCCAGGUCCCACCAACUUUCCCUUCAUGUACAAACCGACGGGCAUGCCCCCGUACCCUGCCCAGGGCUUCCACUUCCUCCCCUCUUUCCCGCCUCAGGACAGCCCCCGAUCCGUGGGGCCCGGCCCCGUGCCUCACUCGGGGGCGGAGCCACACGGCCCGCCGCGGGCCGCCGCUCCCGCCUACGGGCUCAUCACGGACCUGCCUCUCCCAGUGCCCACCGCGGACGCCCAGGCAGGGUUGAACGGCCACAUGUACAAGAUGCCUGAGAUUCCCGAGUCCUUUCCGGAGCUUUCCGACAUGAGCAUGUCUCAGCUGAAGGACAUGAAUGACCAGGAGGACGUUCUGCUGGAGUUUUUCGCCGGCCUCCCACAGCUGAAGCAGGUGACCACCGACAAGGAGGAGCUGGUCAACAACAUCCUGGACAUAGCCAAGAAGAACCUGUCACUGGAGCCACAGCUGGAGGGCAAGAGGCAGGAAAUGUUGUACAAAUACGAGCAGAUCACCCAGAUGAAAUCUUCCUUUGAGACCAAGAUGCAGCGACAGCACGAGCUCAGUGAGAGCUGCAGCCUGAGCGCCCUGCAGGCCAGGCUGAAGGUGGCGGCGCACCAGGCCGAGGAGGAGUCUGAGGAGACGGCCGAGCACUUCCUGGAGGGCAAGGCGGAGAUCGACGACUUCCUCGCCAGCUUCAUGGAGAAGAGAACGCUUUGCCACUGCAGACGCGCUAAGGAGGAGAAGCUUCAGCAGUCCAUCAACGCUCACGGACAGUUCCACACGCCACACUAGAGCCCAGCCCUGCUCAGCCUCUCUGUUUUUUAAGGUUUGAAUCUGAUCUACCAGCACAGCGCCGAAAAGAAGAUGAGAAAAGCACAUCUUGUAUUAAGUUGACCGGGGGAACCGGAGAGCCACAAAGGAUUCGUGAAUUUAACCGCAUCGGAAACUUGCAGGAUGUUUGAACUAAUUUUGGAAUGAAAGUCCCGAUAAAGCCUGUUUUGGGGGGGGGAAAGGCCUCAAAUUUUACUUGAAUUCCAACUACAACUAUGUUAAUGCUGCCGCAUAAGUACGACGAAUACUGUAUUUAAAUAAUGUUAAUAAUAGCCUUUAUUAUAAUCGAAGACGAUGUAUUAUAUGUUAUUUAAUUUGUUAGGUAAUAAACCUUUAGAAUAAGUUUUGUGUGA